UCUCAUCUUAACAAUUAUGGUCUCUCGCUGUUUACUGUAUUUUAUUACGUUUUGGUCGACCUCUUUUAUGACACGUCAACGCUAGAAGUGACAACAUUAGUGGCAAAUCAGCAAUUUUAUCUUAAUUAUAUACACAAUGGCUUUACCAUCUUCUUCGUCAACUUCAGUUGGUGGAUCUCGCUCACCAUCAAGAGCAGUAUCACCAAAGAGUGGAUCACAAGUUAGAAAUAGAGGGGGUAAGAGUACAGGAGCAAGCAGAGCAAGGAAUCCAAAUGCAGGAGCCGGCAGCUCAGGGAUGUGGAGGUUCUACAAUGAAGAUUCACCAGGAUUGAAAGUUGGUCCAGUACCUGUACUUGUAAUGAGCCUGAUUUUCAUCGCAUCCGUUUUCAUGCUUCACAUAUGGGGCAAAUACACACGUGCAUAAGCUGCUAACAACCAUAAAGAUGUGCUUUAAUCAAUUAAAAAGUGGAUGAUAGGAACUAAAGAUGCAAGGAUGUUGGUGAAAGUUUUUACCAAGUGGAUGGAGGACCUUCACAAUAACUAUAUUUCUAAACAAUUUAUUUACUGGACACCACCAAAUAUGAGAUUUUCUUGGAUUGCAUUGGCUAUGAGCUAAUUAACUUUGAUGCCUUACAAGAAAGACUGUUUUGUCAUGCGUUAAUUAGCAGGCUCGUAGCCAAGAAUUUUGUAUGUUUUUCGGGUUGCCCCUCUGAUAACCACUCCCUUGUAUGAAAUAACUAAAGGCCAACUCAGACAGCGUCAGCCGACGCAGCAUGACCCGAUUUAUCGUCGGUGACAGUCUUCAGCCGUCGUGAGAAAUAUUAAACGUUUAAUAUUCUACGACGUGACUGCCCCCGAUACAAACCAUCACGUCUGCGUUAACUCACACAGACCCGACGCCACAACGUCGGGCUGCGGCGUACGACACUGUCUGAGUUGGCCUUAACAAGAUUGCUUAACCAUUCCAUGGACCUUUCUCAUAGUUAACCCCUCCUUAACAAGCCCUAGUUACAGGCUUGCUUAAUAUAAGAAAACAUGACUUGUUUUUUAUAAAAGAAAUGAGUUGGUCUUUCAAAAAUCUUUUUAUCUUGAAAUCAAGUGUCUAAUUAAUUUUCAUACAGGUGGAAUUGUUAUUUUUUGCUCAUUCUAAGGCCCAUCUCUGAAAGUUCUGUAUACCAGGUUAAUAUUCAGAUGGGCCAAAGUAUUCGCAAUGUACAGUAAUAUAAAUUUCAAGUAGCUGCUGACUAUUAAAUGUAAAAUUAUUAUCUGGUAAUAAAUGGAGAAUUUUGAAUUAAAA